AUGGAGGCCAUCAAGAAGAAGAUGCAAAUGCUGAAGCUGGACAAGGAGAACGCCAUCGACCGGGCGGAGCAGGCCGAGGGCGACAAAAAGGGGGCAGAGGACAAGUGCAAGCAGCUUGAAGAGGAGCUGCUGGGCCUCCAGAAGAAGCUGAAGGGGGUGGAGGAUGAGUUGGACAAGUACUCGGAGUCGCUCAAGGACGCGCAGGAGAAGCUGGAGCAGGCAGAGAAGAAGGCAACAGACGCAGAGGCUGAGGUGGCGUCCCUCAACCGACGCAUCCAGCUGGUGGAGGAGGAGCUGGACAGGGCGCAGGAGCGCCUCGCCACUGCCUUGCAGAAGCUGGAGGAGGCGGAGAAGGCGGCAGACGAGAGCGAGCGUGGGAUGAAGGUCAUCGAGAACAGGGCGACGAAGGAUGAGGAGAAGAUGGAGAUCCAGGAGAUGCAGCUGAAGGAGGCCAAGCACAUUGCUGAGGAGGCUGACCGCAAAUAUGAGGAGGUGGCACGCAAGCUAGUCAUCCUCGAGGGCGAUCUGGAGCGAUCCGAGGAACGCGCUGAGGUGGCCGAGGCGAAAUCGGGUGACCUGGAGGAGGAACUUAAGAACGUCACCAACAACCUGAAGUCGUUGGAGGCGCAGGCUGAGAAGUACUCACAGAAGGAGGACAAGUACGAGGAGGAGAUCAAGGUGCUGACCGACAAGCUCAAAGAGGCGGAGACGCGCGCCGAGUUCGCCGAGAGGUCCGUGGCUAAACUCGAGAAAACCAUUGAUGACUUGGAAGAUGAAGUGUACGCACAGAAGCUAAAGGGCAAGGCACUUAGUGAAGAGCUUGACCUCGCCCUGAAUGACAUGACCACGCUGUGAGCAGCCGCAAGCCAACCCUAUGCUCGGAUGCUAUGUGUUGUUUUUUUUUAUUAUUGCUAAUUCCGUUUGCGCCGUUAGCGCUACUGGCUUGUAUGCGAAGGAAACUGUAUUGGCCCGAUAACACUGCUCUGUCUCUCUGUCGCUCUCUGUUUGA